GCUUUGAGGGUGGUGCUAGGAGGCUCGAUCCAGCUUUUUGCCACCAUUUUACAAGCUCAGAGCUUGGACCUGCGGGAGUUUCUCGUCUGUGGACCGGGUUCCGGAAACAAGGUGAAAGAAAGUGACUGUUUAAUUUUCACCAAAAUGUACAGGACAAAAGUGAGCUUAAAAGAUCGGCAGCAGCUCUAUAAAUUGAUCAUCAGUCAGCUGCUCUACGAUGGCUAUAUCAACAUUGCUAAUGGCCUUAUCAAUGAAAUCAAGCCUCAGUCUGUGUGUGCACCUUCUGAACAGCUUCUCCAUCUCAUCAAACUAGGAAUGGAAAAUGAUGACAGUGCAGUUCAGUAUGCAAUUGGACGCUCAGAUACAGUUGCUCCUGGCACGGGAAUUGACCUGGAAUUUGAUGCAGAUGUUCAGACCAUGUCUCCAGAAGCUUCAGAAUAUGAAACCUGCUAUGUCACAUCUCAUAAAGGACCAUGCCGUGUGGCUACAUACAGUAGGGAUGGACAGUUAAUAGCUACUGGAUCUGCUGAUGCUUCAAUAAAGAUACUAGAUACAGAAAGAAUGUUAGCAAAAAGUGCUAUGCCAAUUGAGGUCAUGAUGAAUGAGACUGCCCAGCAGAAUAUGGAAAAUCAUCCUGUUAUCAGAACUCUAUAUGAUCAUGUGGAUGAAGUUACAUGCCUGGCUUUCCACCCAACGGAGCAAAUCCUAGCAUCAGGUUCAAGGGACUAUACUCUUAAGUUGUUUGAUUAUUCCAAACCAUCUGCCAAAAGAGCCUUCAAAUACAUUCAGGAAGCUGAAAUGUUACGUUCAAUCUCAUUUCAUCCUUCUGGAGACUUCAUACUUGUUGGAACCCAACACCCAACACUUCGGCUUUAUGAUAUCAAUACAUUUCAAUGUUUUGUGUCUUGCAACCCUCAAGAUCAGCACACUGAUGCAAUAUGUUCAGUUAAUUAUAAUCCUAGUGCCAACAUGUAUGUGACUGGUAGCAAGGAUGGCUGCAUCAAAUUAUGGGAUGGUGUCUCAAAUCGCUGUAUUACUACAUUCGAGAAGGCACAUGAUGGUGCUGAAGUCUGCUCUGCAAUUUUUUCCAAAAAUUCAAAAUAUAUUCUCUCAAGUGGAAAAGACUCUGUAGCUAAACUAUGGGAAAUUUCAACAGGACGAACAUUAGUCAGAUAUACAGGUGCUGGUUUGAGUGGACGACAAGUACACCGAACUCAAGCAGUCUUUAAUCACACAGAAGAUUAUGUAUUACUUCCUGAUGAAAGGACAAUUAGUCUUUGCUGCUGGGACUCACGAACAGCUGAACGAAGAAAUCUACUUUCACUGGGGCACAAUAAUAUUGUUCGUUGUAUAGUACACUCUCCCACCAAUCCUGGCUUCAUGACUUGUAGUGAUGACUUCAGGGCUAGAUUUUGGUACCGGAGAUCAACCACAGAUUAGAGAUUCUUCUUUGAAUAUUUUUCUUUUCUCUCCUGCUCCCCAGUCUGCCCUGUUAUUUUAUAUAGAAUAUAAAAAAAACAAAACCUUUUUAAAGUAUUCCUUAUUUCAUUGUACUAUCUUAUGGCAAUCGUGGUGCCAACACUAGAGCCUUCCUGAAUAUGUACAAAAUCCUUUUUUUACCUUGAUUUAGAAUCAUGGUAGGAAAAGUUGGAAAUGCAGAUAUAUGCAGUUGUUCCACAUUCACUGAUUAUUACAGUGUGAUCAUCAGUAAGUACAAUACUUAACAUUUGCUCACAAUAGUUAAUCCUUUUUAUAAGGAAAAUUUUUUACAUUUUUUCUAAUUCUUGAAACAAUCUGUCAUCAAGAAUUUCCUUUUGGCUUUUUUGACAUCUAAUGUACUUUUAUCCUACUACAUUUAAUUAUUUUAGAAUGAAAACAACUUUGGUAGCUGCAUUUGGUGCAUUGGUGAUCCUGCAUUUCUGAGAACAAAUAAUUGUGCUAUAUUUAAGACCUCUUUUAAAAAUAGCAUUAAAAAUAGUUAUUCCAGUAAUAAAACUCAGAUCUGCAUAUGUAAGUAUUACAUUUUUUCUUCAUUCCAACUAAUUUUUACCUGAGAGAUUUUAAUAAUGGCAUCCAUGUGAUUCUUUUCAGUUUUUGCUUUUCUGUGUUUAUACUAUAUUUAACAAGGCAAUGAUAUGUGAUAGUGAGCUAUAAGUUGAGAAGUCAACAUGUUACUUAUAUCUAGAAUAUAAUAAAAAUUAGACAUUAGAGAUUAUAUUAAUCUUUAAAUGACAUUGAUUAGUCUUCCUCAUGAAGUCUUUAAGUGAUACUUUUCAGUUAAUUUUAGCAUGAACCUUAACUAUUUUCAUCAUUGAGGCAUAUAGAACCUACCUCCUAUCUUUGAAGGUUUGUGUAAUUAACUAAUCAGUUUUCUUGAAACUUUUUGAAGACGUUUUCCACUGACUUAGUUAACUCUAGAAAGAAAAAAGACUAAUCUGAGUUUAUGUUCUGUCUUCCAAAUAUUUGUUGAAAUUUAGGUUGUCCCAAAGAUUUAAGUAAUAGUAUACCAAAGUAGAGACAUAGGAAAGUGCUUUUGACAAAAAAAAUUAUUUUAUAAAUAUACCUGACCUUAACCUUAUAGGAAUUAUAACUUGAGAACAAAGUCUCUACAUAUAUAACUUGUUAAUACAGUUUUUCCUUCUAAAUUCAGUUUUGGUAGAUGUGAUAGUAUUUCUAGACUACUAAUGUGCUCUUCUAAAAAUCAUACCAGACGUUACUGGCUUAAGUUAUUUUAAAUUAUUUGCAAUAUAAGGAUUACUAUAAAACCACAAAACUGAAUAUAGGUCUUGUUUUAAUGACUGGAAUAGGGUUCUCAGAAACCACACAUUAAGCAACUAUCUUCUGUUCUCCAGUUUGAUAAUUCAAGGUUUUGUUUAAAUUUUGAAAUGUAAAUAUGUAAAUGAAGUCUAUGAUCUAUAGAUAUUCAGAAGGAUUUGAAGCAUACAUUGGGAAAAAUCAGAAUCUAGAGCUUCUGAAUUAUUUUUCAAAUUUUGCUUUAUAAGAUGACUUUAAGGAGAGAAUGUAAUAUUUCUGCAUUCUUGCGCUCUUAGGGCAUUAAUACUUGAACUGGAUGAUCACAUUGAACAUCUACCAAGUUUAUUUGAAUGUUUAGGUUCAUAAGUUAUUCAUGUCCUUGAAUUAAAAUGAUUCAUAUGUCUGCA